CAACAUUGGUGUAGGUGGAGUGACGCGACCUGCAUGUCGAACGAACGAUUUUUCUUUAGAAAACCUAUUGAAGUGUUAAAAAAUAUCAAUAAUCAGUUUAUGUGCAUCUUUUCAGUAGUAGAUAACUGAAGGCAUCCAGCAUGGAGCAGAUUCCACCUCCUAAGGAGGUGAAAAUCCUUGAGACAGCGGAGGAUAUUCAAGAGCGUCGUGAGCAGGUCCUCAAUCGUUAUGAAGACUUUAAGCAAGAGGCUCGGGCGAAGCGCGAGAAGUUGGAGGACUCCCGUCGGUUCCAGUACUUCAAGCGCGAUGCCGACGAGCUUGAAUCGUGGAUCCAGGAGAAAUUGCAAGCUGCUAGUGAUGAGAGUUACAAAGAUCCUACCAACUUGCAGGCCAAGAUACAAAAGCAUCAGGCAUUCGAGGCGGAGGUUGCCGCUCACUCUAACGCCAUUGUAGUUCUGGACAACACCGGCAGUGAGAUGAUAUCUGCUGGUCAUUUUGAAUCCGAGACAAUUCGCAAAAGGCUCGACGAGCUGCACCGCUUGUGGGAGCUUCUGCUGUCUCGUCUCGCCGAGAAAGGCAUGAAGCUGCAGCAGGCGCUCGUGUUGGUGCAGUUCCUGCGCCAUUGCGAUGAAGUUAUGUUCUGGAUCCAUGACAAGGAAACUUUCGUAUGUGCGGACGAAUUCGGUUCAGAUCUGGAGCACGUCGAAGUUCUGCAGCGCAAGUUUGACGAGUUCCAAAAGGACAUGGCAGCGCAAGAGUACCGCGUCACUGAAGUCAACCAGCUCGCCGAGCGACUCGUGCUGGAGGGACAUCCCGAACGAGAGACCAUUGUGAAGAGGAAAGAUGAAUUAAAUGAAGCCUGGCAGCGUCUUCGUCAAAUGGCGCUGAUGCGUCAGGAGCGCCUGUUCGGCGCGCACGAGAUACAGCGCUUCAACCGCGACGCAGACGAGACCAUCGCCUGGAUCUCGGAGAAGGACGUGGUGCUGGGAUCGGACGAUUACGGUCGAGAUCUGGCUACAGUGCAGACUCUGCAGCGCAAACACGAAGGUGUGGAACGAGACCUGGCUGCAUUAGAAGACAAAGUGGCCACACUCGACGGCGAGGCUGCGCGCUUGGCCGCCAUACACGCAGACCACGCACCCGCCAUACAUUCCAAGCGCGAUGAGAUCGCCCAGGCGUGGCAGAGACUCGUACAAAAAGCUCAGGAACGCCGCACCGAGCUGGAGUCGUCGCACGCCCUGCACCGCUUCCUGGCCGACUACCGCGACCUCGUCUCGUGGAUGAGCGACAUCCGCGCGCUCAUCGCGGCCGACGACCUCGCCAAGGACGUGCCCGGGGCGGAGGCGCUGCUCGAGAGACACCAGGAGCACAAGGGCGAGAUGGACGCGCGCGAGGACGUGAUGAACGCCUGCGUGAGCAGCGGGCAGGCGCUGGUGGAGGGCGGACACCGCGGCGCCGCCGACGUGCAGGCGGCGCUGGACACGCUGCACCGCGACCGCGCCGCGCUGCACGCGCUGUGGGAGCAGCGCCGCGUGCUGUACCUGCAGUGCAUGGACCUGCAGCUGUUCUACCGCGACACGGAGCAGGCCGACGCCUGGAUGCACAAGCAGGAGGCAUUCCUCGCCAACGAAGACGUCGGUGACUCGCUCGAUUCGGUGGAAGCACUACUUAAGAAACACGAGGACUUCGAGAAAUCUUUGGCAGCUCAGGAAGAAAAGAUUAAGGCGCUGGACGAGUUCGCGACCAAACUGAUUGAAGGCCAGCACUACGCUGCCGACGAUGUGGCACAACGUAGAGAAAUGCUUCUGGAACGACGUGCUGCUCUUCUAGAAAAGUCAAACCAGCGUCGGGCACUCCUAGAGGACGCCUACAAAUACCAGCAGUUUGAGAGAGACUGUGAUGAAACCAAGGGUUGGAUAAACGAGAAGCUCAAGUUCGCCACCGACGACUCGUACCUCGACCCCACGAACCUGAACGGCAAGGUGCAGAAGCACCAGAACUUCGAGCAGGAGCUGCAAGCCAACAAACCGCGCGUGGACGAGAUCAACGCGCUCGGCAGCAAGCUGCUCGAACAGGAACACUUCGCUAAACCACAAAUCGAGGCACGCGUCGACGAGUUGGGUACGAUAUGGGAGAGGCUCGUGCAGGCGUCGGAGACGAAGGGCAGCAAGCUCCAGGAGGCGGCCGCGCAGCAGCAGUUCAACCGAGCCUCCGAAGACAUCGAGCUGUGGCUCUCGGAGGUCGAGGGCCAGCUGCUCAGCGAGGAUUACGGAAAAGAUCUGACUAGCGUGCAGAAUCUGCAAAAGAAGCAUGCGUUGCUGGAGGCAGACGUGAGCUCGCACGCGGAGCGCAUUGAAGCGUUGCGCGCGCAGGCGGAACAGUUCAUCGAGAAAGGACACUUCGACGCAGACAACAUUAAAGCUAAGCGGGACGCGCUAGUGGCGCGCUACGCCGCACUCGAUAAGCCAAUGGCAGUACGCAAGCGGCGCCUGCUCGAUUCGCUUCAGGCGCAGCAGCUCUUCCGGGACCUCGACGACGAGGCCGCCUGGAUCCGCGAAAAGGAACCAAUAAUCGCAUCGACCAACAGAGGUCGCGACCUGAUCGGAGUGCAGAACCUGAUGAAGAAGCACCAGGCGGUGAUGGGCGAGAUGGCGCAGCACGAGGCGCGCGUGGAGGCCGUGCGCGCGGCGGGCGCGGCGCUGCGCGACGCCGGACACUUCGCCGCCGCCGACAUCGCCGCGCGCCUGCACGCGCUGCACCACACCUGGACGCAGCUGCAGGAGAAGGCGCUGCAGCGGAAACAAGACCUCGAGGACUCGCUCCAAGCGCAGCAGUACUUCGCCGACGCCAACGAGGCGGAGUCGUGGAUGCGCGAGAAGGAGCCGAUGGCGAACACGCAGGACUACGGCAAGGACGAGGACUCGUCGGAGGCUCUGCUCAAGAAGCACGAGGCCCUGCUCUCUGAUCUCGAGGCCUUCGGAAAUACCAUCAAGUCGCUGCGGGAGCAGGCCAACUCCUGUCGGCAACAGGAGUCCCCGGUGGUGGACGUGUCGGGCAAGGAGUGCGUGGUGGCGCUGUACGACUACGCGGAGAAGUCUCCGCGCGAGGUGUCCAUGAAGCGCGGCGACGUGCUCACGCUGCUCAACUCCAACAACAAGGAUUGGUGGAAAGUGGAGGUCAACGAUCGUCAGGGCUUCGUACCGGCGGCCUACGUUAAGAAAAUCGACGCCGGCCUCUCGUCCUCGCAACAAAACCUCGUCGACUCCAGCUCUAUCGCUGCCAGGCAGACUCAGAUCGAGGCACAGUAUGACAAUCUGCUAGCUUUGGCCCGCGAGCGCCAGAACAAACUCAACGAGACUGUAAAGGCGUACGUGCUCGUGAGAGAAGCGGCGGAGCUCGCAACAUGGAUCAAGGACAAGGAGAUGCACGCGCAAGUCCAAGACGUCGGCGAAGACCUGGAACAGGUGGAGGUUAUGCAGAAGAAGUUCGACGACUUCCAGAACGACCUGCGCGCCAACGAGGUGCGCCUCGCCGAGAUGAACGAGAUCGCCGUGCAGCUCAUGACGGUCGGGCAGACCGAGGCCGCGCUCAAGAUCAAGACGCAGAUGCAGGAGCUGAACUCGAAGUGGACGUCGCUGCAGCAGCUGACGGCGGAGCGCGCGGCGCAGCUGGGCUCGGCGCACGAGGUGCAGCGCUUCCACCGGGACGUGGACGAGACCAAGGACUGGAUCGCAGAGAAGGAGCAGGCGCUCGCCACCGACGACCUUGGCCGCGACCUGCGCUCCGUGCAGACGCUGCAGCGUAAGCACGAGGGCCUGGAACGUGAUCUGGCGGCACUUGGAGACAAAAUUCGCCAGCUGGACGACACCGCCAACCGGCUGAUGGCCACGCACGGGGACUCGGCCGACGCCACGUACAGCAAGCAGCGCGAGAUCAACGAGGCCUGGCACCAGCUGCAGGCGCGCGCCAACGCGCGCAAGGAGAAGUUGCUCGACUCGUACGACCUCCAGAGAUUCUUAUCUGAUUAUCGCGACCUGAUGGCAUGGAUUAACUCCAUGAUGGCACUCGUGAGCUCCGAAGAACUUGCAAAUGACGUCACAGGCGCCGAGGCUCUCCUCGAAAGACACCAGGAGCACCGCACCGAGAUGGACGCACGCGCCGGCACGUUCCAGGCCUUGGAACUGUUCGGGCAGCAGCUGCUGCAGGGCGGACACUACGCCAGCGUCGACAUCCAGGACAAGCUCAACGCCAUGGCCGAUGCGCGACAGGACCUCGAGAGAGCUUGGGUCGCACGCCGCAUGAAGCUGGACCAGAACCUGGAGCUGCAGCUGUUCUACCGCGACUGCGAGCAGGCGGAGGCGUGGAUGGGCGCGCGCGAGGCGUUCCUGGCGCCGCCGCCCGCCGCCGACGCACCCGACGCCGCCGACAACGUAGAGCAGCUCAUCAAGAAGCACGAGGACUUCGACAAAGCCAUCAAUGCGCACGAGGAAAAGAUAGCUCAACUUCAAACCCUCGCCGACCAACUGAUCGCUUCUGAUCACUAUGCGGCGGACCCUAUCGACAAGAAACGUAAGCAAGUGCUGGACCGCUGGCGACACCUGAAAGAGGCGCUCAUCGAGAAACGAUCCAGGUUGGGUGAUGAACAAACGCUGCAACAAUUUUCGCGUGAUGCCGAUGAAAUGGAGAACUGGAUCGCAGAAAAAUUGCAACUCGCUACCGAAGAAAGUUAUAAGGAUCCAGCAAACAUCCAGUCCAAACAUCAAAAGCACCAAGCAUUCGAGGCAGAGUUGGCUGCAAACGCAGAGCGUAUUCAGUCUGUGCUGGCAAUGGGAGGAAACCUCGUGCAGCGUGGGCAGUGCAGCGGCAGCGAGGACGCGGUGCAGGCUCGCCUGGCGUCGAUCGCAGAUCAAUGGGAAUUCUUGACUCAAAAAACAACAGAGAAGUCGCUGAAGUUGAAGGAGGCCAACAAACAACGCACCUACAUCGCCGCCGUUAAGGACCUUGAUUUUUGGCUCGGAGAGGUUGAAAGUCUAUUGACCUCUGAAGAUUCUGGCAAGGAUUUGGCAUCAGUGCAAAAUCUUAUGAAGAAACAUCAACUCGUUGAAGCCGAUAUUCAAGCUCACGAAGAUCGCAUCAAUGACAUGAACGCGCAGGCGGACGCGCUGGUGUCGUCGGGGCAGUUCGACAGCGCCGGCAUCGGCUCGCGGCGCGCCGCCAUCAACGAGCGCUUCGAGCGCGUGCGGGCGCUCGCCGCGCACCGCCGCGCGCGCCUGCACGAGGCCAACACGCUGCACCAGUUCUUCCGCGACAUCGCCGACGAGGAGUCCUGGAUCAAGGAGAAGAAGCUUCUCGUUGCAUCGGAUGACUAUGGUCGCGACUUGACCGGUGUACAAAAUCUACUCAAGAAGCACAAGCGACUCGAGGCCGAGCUCGCGAGCCACGAACCCGCGGUCCAGGCGGUGCAGGAGGCUGGCGAGAAGUUGAAGGACGUGAGCAACGUAGGCGUCGCUGAGAUCGAGCAGCGUCUGCGUGCGCUCGCGCAGGCCUGGGAUGCCCUGCAAGCGCUGGCGGCCGAACGGGGAGCCAAACUGCAGCAGUCACUCGCAUACCAGCAGUUCCUGGCCAAACUGGACGAAGAGGAGGCCUGGAUCAGCGAAAAGCAACAGCUGGUAGUAGUGAGCGAGUGCGGCGAUAGCAUGGCGGCGGUGCAAGGCCUGCUAAAGAAGCACGAGGCGCUGGAGGCGGAGCUGGCGUCGCGCGGAGAGCGCGUGCGCGAGCUGACGGCGGAGGGAGAGCGUCUGCUGGCCGCCGGGAACCUGCACUCGGAGGCGUUGGCGCACCGAUUGGACCAGCUGCAGUCUAAACUGGAGAAGUUGACGUCUCUUGCGGCCCGUCGCAAGGCUGCGCUCGUGGACAACUCUGCGUACCUACAACUGCUGUGGAAGGCAGACGUGGUGGAAUCCUGGAUAGCAGACAAGGAGACCCACGUCCGCUCCGACGAGUUCGGACGUGACUUAUCCACUGUGCAAACUCUGCUCACCAAGCAGGAUACUUUCGAUGCAGGUCUUGCCGCUUUCGAGCAUGAGGGUAUUCAGAACAUAACAGCUCUGAAAGAGCAGCUUGUAGCCGCCGGCCACGAACAAAGUGCGGCUAUUUCGCGUCGUCACGGUGAUGUCAUUGCGCGUUGGCAGCGUCUGCUCGCCGACUCGGCCGCACGCAAACAACGCCUGCUUCAACUACAGGACCAGUUCCGACAAAUCGAAGAACUGUAUCUCACGUUUGCGAAGAAGGCAUCAGCAUUCAACUCUUGGUUUGAAAAUGCAGAAGAAGAUCUCACUGAUCCCGUUCGUUGCAAUUCUAUUGAAGAAAUAAGAGCACUGCGCGAUGCGCAUGCACAAUUCCAAGCGUCGCUGUCUUCAGCACAAAGUGACUUUGAAGCGCUGGCAGAGCUAGACGCGCAAAUUAAGUCGUUCAAUGUGGGCGCGAACCCUUACACCUGGUUCACAAUGGAGGCGCUCGAGGAGACUUGGCGUAACCUGCGCAAGAUAAUAGCGGAACGCGAUGUGGAGCUCACGAAGGAGGCUCAACGUCAAGAGGAGAACGACAAACUGCGCAAAGAAUUCGCUAAACACGCCAACGCCUUCCAUCAAUGGCUGACUGAGACUCGGUACCGGCUGCUAGGCUGGGACGGAACAUCUAUGAUGGAGGGUACUGGUUCCCUUGAGGCACAACUGGCAGCCCUGCGUCAACGCGCAACAGAAGUGCGUGCCCGACGUAGCGACUUGCGUCGAUUGGAGGAACUCGGAGCGGCGCUCGAAGAACAUCUCAUUUUGGACAAUCGUUACACGGAGCACAGUACGGUGGGACUGGCGCAACAGUGGGAUCAGCUCGACCAGCUGUCCAUGCGUAUGCAGCACAACCUCGAGCAACAGAUUCAGGCCAGGAACCACUCUGGCGUAAGCGAGGACGCCCUAAAAGAGUUCUCGAUGAUGUUCAAACACUUCGACAAGGAUCGCUCUGGUCGCCUCAACCACCACGAGUUCAAGUCGUGUCUGCGUGCGCUCGGGUACGACUUACCCAUGGUCGAGGAAGGCCAGCCUGACCCAGAGUUUGAGGCUAUACUCAAUGUCGUGGAUCCCAAUCGCGACGGGCAAGUCUCUCUGCAAGAGUACAUGGCAUUCAUGAUCAGUAAGGAGACUGAGAAUGUGCAGUCUUCCGAAGAGAUUGAGAACGCAUUCCGCGCCAUCACUGCACACCAGGAUCGCGCAUACGUCACCAAGGACGAACUAUAUGCUAACCUUACAAAGGAGAUGGCAGACUAUUGCGUGGCGCGAAUGAAGCCCUACGUGGAUUCGAAGACCGAGCGCCCUAUCCCCAACGCACUCGAUUACAUCGACUUCACACGCACGCUCUUCCAGAACUAAAACAGCGCUGUUUUUCCCUUCCGCGCAGUUGUGCCUAUCGUUAUUAUAACUUAUUAAAAAGCAAAAAAAAGUUUUUAAUUUAUCAAUUCCUUAUCUUUGAAACUGCGCGGUUGGGUACCGCGUUUGUGACAAGCUUGCACAUUGUAUUUGCUAUUUAAAAUUCCAAAGUCAGACUGAUGCUUUGAAACAUUUCUUAUGUGCAGAAUUUAUUAGAAUCUGUUAGCUGUUGCGCUUUUGUUAGCUUGAAGAACACGCGAGGCUUUCAUAAUAAAGCUUACAUCGCCCGUUUUUAUAUAAAUAUCCUGUGUCUACACGACUGUGUAGUAGAACAGUGCUACCAUCUGGUAUUGAGCUACGGUAUGGGUAUGAAUUCCUUUCCUCUGAAUAGCAGAGGGAUACGAAGCUCCCUUAACGGUUUUCUAAUAAAAACUCAUCUUUUUAGUGAUUUUCUAGCAUUUAUUAUUAAUCAAUGGUUAUAACUGCAUUUGAUCACAUAGUUAUGCAAGCUAAGUAUAAUAUUGUAAGGUUCAAUUUAAUUAUUUACUGUACGUUUUGUCAAGGUACACAUAACACUAAGACUUUAUUUAUUUUUUGUAUUCACAUAAAAAUUCUAAUAAAUAUAUUUAAUCCCCACAAAAUAAAUACAA